AGCCAAAGGCCGCCAAUGUUCCUGGUAGUAUGGAGAACUCCUCACCGUACACUACUCCGAACUCUUCGCUGCAAAAUGCUUUCCUUUAUUCUUCUCCUGCACUUGUGGAUCUCUCCCCUGGACUCUUUCUUUCCUUUCCAUUUUCCAUCUCUCUUUCUCUCUUUCUUUCUUUCUUUCUUUCUUUCUCUCUUUCUUUCCAUCAACUUUUCAAGAUUCUUGACGCUCAGCAACAACAGCAAUCAUGGAGGACAGAGUUGAAGAAGACGAGGAUCGUGAAGCUUUGGCCGGGCUAAGUUUCAUCCCACCAUCUAAUCGGAGAAUGCAUUCCUACAGCCAACAGUUCCGUAGCAAUUCUGGCCCGAAAAAACACCAUCCCAGAAAACAUAGUCUUGAUCACAUCCCACACGUUUCUUCUGAACGUUACGUGGACUCUUCCGAUGACGAUUACUACACCUACCCAUCACCUUCCCCCUCUACAUGCAAUACUCUUGGUGGUAGUGGGAGUGGGACCGGGAGUGGUGGUGGUGGUGGUGGUGGAGGUGGUGAUGAGAUUCUCCAGCAAAGGCUAGAUUUGAAUCUCGUCGUAGAGGGUCCUCCAGAUGAAAUCCGGCAAACCCAAUUGCCGGAAUUUAUUGCUAGUGGAGGGACAGGAAUAUUUAAGGCUCCAACUAGGGCAGCGGUCCAUCCUGGACGUCCUACGUGUCUGGAACUCAGACCACAUCCUCUUAGGGAAACACAGGGAGGUAAAUUCUUGAGAAACAUUGCUUGUACAGAGACGCAAUUGUGGGCUGGUCAGGAGAGUGGAGUCAGGUUUUGGAUCUUGGAGCAUGCAUAUGACCCAGGGUCUGGGCUAGGGGGAAGAGUGAGAAGGGGUGAUGAGGAUGCAGCGCCAUUUCAUGAAUCCGCAAACACAUCGCCCGCCAUGUGUUUGAUGGUUGAUAAAGGGAUUAAGCUGGUUUGGAGUGGACACAAGGAUGGAAAGAUCAGGUCUUGGAAAAUGGAUCAAAAAUUGGAUGAUAAUGUCCCCUUCAAGGAAGGAUUAUCAUGGCAAGCUCAUAAAGGUCCCGUUCUUUCUAUAAUAACGAGUACUUACGGUGAUAUAUGGUCUGGUGGUGAAGGAGGUGUCAUCAAGAUUUGGCCAUGGGAAUCCAUUGAAAAGUCUCUUUCUCUUUCACCUGAGGAAAAGCACAUGGCUGCUUUAUUGGUAGAGAGGUCAAAUAUUGAUCUUAGGAGUCAAGUCACUGUAAAUGGUGCCUGUAGUAUAUCAUCUUCAGAUGUGAAGUGCUUGUUAUCAGAUAAAGUUAGAGCUAAAGUUUGGUGUGCUCAGUCUCUAUACUUCUCUCUAUGGGAUGCUCAUACAAAGGAGCUUCUGAAAGUAUUCAAUAUUGAAGGUCAAACUGAAAAUCGAAUUGACUUGCCAUCAGCACAGCCACAGGAACAGCCAGUUGAAGAUGAGAUGAAGGUAAAAUUUGUUUCCACAUCAAAAAAGGACAAAACACAGGGCUUCUUGCAACGUUCACGAAAUGCCAUAAUGGGGGCUGCAGAUGCUGUUCGUCGGGUAGCCACUAGGGGAGCAGUGGUAUUUGUAGAAGAUACCAAACGAACAGAAGCAUUGGUGCUAACUGGAGAUGGAAUGAUAUGGAGUGGAUGUUCUAAUGGCCUCCUUAUACAGUGGGAUGGAAAUGGAAAUCGUUUACAAGAUUAUAGUCACCAUUCUACUGCUGUUCAAUCUUUGUGCACUUUUGGAACAAGGAUGUAUGUGGGAUAUGCGAGCGGCAUUGUUCAAGUAUUAGAUCUUGAUGGAAAUCUUCUUGCAGUAUGGGUUGCUCAUAGUAAUCCUGUAAUAAAGUUAGCAGUUGGGACUGAUUAUAUUUUUAGCUUGGCUAAUCAUGGAGGUAUACGCGGAUGGAACCACACAUCGCCUGGACCUCUUGACAACAUAGUAAGAUCAGAAUUAGCACAAAAAGAAGUAGUAUACACAAGACGAGACAGUUUCAGAAUUUUAAUGGGCACAUGGAAUGUUGGUCAAGGAAGAGCAUCUCAUGAGGCACUUAUGUCAUGGUUAGGUUCUGCAGUGUCAGAUGUGGGCAUUGUUGUUGUAGGGUUGCAAGAGGUAGAGAUGGGUGCAGGUUUUCUUGCAAUGUCUGCUGCCAAAGAAACUGUAGGACUAGAAGGAAGCUCUAUUGGGCAGUGGUGGCAGGACACUAUAGGGAAGGCGUUAGAGGAAGGAACAACUUUUGAACGUAUGGGUUCUAGGCAGCUUGCAGGCUUACUUAUAUCCCUUUGGGUAAGGAAGAAUCUUAGAGCACAUGUGGGGGAUGUUGAUGCUGGAGCAGUUCCAUGUGGCUUUGGACGUGCUAUUGGUAAUAAGGGAGGUGUAGGUUUGAGGAUCAGGGUUCUUGACAGAACAAUAUGCUUUGUGAACUGUCACUUGGCUGCACAUUUGGAGGCAGUCAAUCGUCGCAAUGCUGAUUUUGAUCACAUCUUUAGAAAUAUGGGCUUCAGCCGAUCAUCAAAUCUUAUAUCAGCUGUCUGUAACUCCGCAACCACUCAAACGCUUAAGGGUCCAAAUAUCCCAACAACCACUCAAACGCAUAAGAGUACAAAUGCUGUGAAUACCAACUCUGAAAACACGAAGUCUGAUUUAUGCGAAGCAGAUAUGGUUGUGUUUCUUGGUGACUUUAAUUACCGACUUUUUGGUAUAACUUACGAUGAAGCAAGGGAUUUUGUUUCGCAAAGAAGCUUUGAUUGGCUUAGAGAAAAGGAUCAGCUGAGAGCAGAAAUGAAAGCAGGAAAAGUUUUCCAAGGAAUGCGUGAGGCUCUCAUCAGAUUCCCUCCUACAUACAAGUUUGAAAGAAACAUACCGGGUUUAGGAGGAUAUGAUUCUGGGGAGAAAAAACGCAUUCCUGCCUGGUGCGAUCGGAUAAUAUAUCGUGACAAUCGAGUAGCUCCGGUAUCUGAUUGCAGUUUAGAGUGUCCUAUAGUCUCAUCGGUUAUACAGUAUGAGGCAUGCAUGGAUGUCACAGAGAGUGAUCACAAACCCGUCCGAUGUAAAUUUAAUGUCCAAAUUGCCCAUGCUGACAGAUCAGUAAGGAGACAAGAGUUUGGGAACAUUAUUAGAUAUAAUGAGAAAAUCAGGUCUUUGAUUGAAGAAUCACGUAAUGUUCCAGAAACUGUUGUAAGCACCAACAAUAUCGUCUUGCAAAACCAGGACACAUGCAUUCUACGUAUUACUAACAAGUGCAUGAAGGAAAAAGCUGUAUUCAACAUUAUUUGUGAAGGCCAAUGCACUAUCAAGGAUGAUGGAGAAGAACCAGAGUAUCGCUCAAGAGGCUCCUAUGGCUUUCCCCGAUGGCUUGAGGUCACACCAGCUGCUGGCUUAAUUAAGCCUGAUCAGUAUGCAGAGGUCUCAGUACAUCAUGAAGAGUUUCAUACCUUGGAAGAUUUGGUUGAUGGCAUCCCACAGAACUGGUGGUGUGAAGACACACGUGAUAAGGAAGUGAUUUUAUGUCUGAUUGUUCAAGGAUGUAGCUCAACAGAAAUGAAAAGUCACAAAAUCCAUGUCCGUCACUGCUUCUCAGCCAAGGCGGUUCGCCUAGAGUCGAAAACAAACUCUAGAAAAAACCAGGGAGGAGCAGUUAACCGUUCAGAACAAAAGCAAUCAAGUAGUUCUUCUGAUAAAGGUGACGAUUUUCGAAAUUCACGUAAAUCUUGAAGUUAAAACUGAAGUCCUGAUAGUUAUUAGAUGCAUCUUGAUGUAAAUAUUCAUGGGGCAUAAAUGAUCUCCUUUUCAUUCAUUUCUGGAGAGGUUCAAAAUUUUUUUGUUCACAUGUAUUUUCAUCAGGAGCAAAUUUUUUAAGCUCCAUUUUCACCCAAGCUUUGUAGUUACAGUGAAUUUAUGAUUCUUA